CGGGGGGCGUGUCCCCGGCUUCCAGAGAGUUCCGAGACGGGUAGCGGAGCGGCGGCGGCGUCGGCGGCGCACGUCACGAAGAAGAUGGUGAAGGAGACGGGAUACUACGACCUGCUGGGCGUGCGGCCGGGAGCCAGCCUGGACGAGAUCAAGCGGGCGUACCGGCGCCUGGCGCUGCGCUACCACCCUGACAAGAACCCCAGCGAGGGCGAGCGGGUAGGUGCAGUCCCCCCCAGACUCCCGCCCGGCUCGCUUCCCCCUCGUCUCACUCGCUUUUCCCUUCCCCAGUUCAAGCAGAUCUCCCAAGCCUACGAGGUGCUGUCGGACUCCCACAAACGGGCGCUCUACGACCGCGGCGGGGAGCGGGCCAUGAAGGAGGGCGGCCUGGGGAACCGAGGAGGGAGCGGCGGAUUCGGCUCCCCCAUGGACAUCUUCGACCUCUUCUUCGGCGGGGGAGUGCGGAUGCGGGGCCGGGCGGACAGGCGAGGGAAAACGGUGGUGCACCAGCUCUCGGUGUCGCUGGAGGACCUCUACAACGGCACCACGCGCAAGCUGUCCCUGCAGAAGAACAUCAUCUGUAGGAAAUGCGGAGGCUGCGGGGUGCGGGAGGGCGCCCAGAGAAGGUGCCCCAAGUGCCACGGCUCGGGCAUGGAGGUUCGCAUCCACCAGCUGGGCCCCAGCAUGAUCCAGCAGAUCCAGACGGUGUGUUCCCAGUGUCAGGGCCAGGGCGAGUGGAUCCGGCCUCGGGACUGCUGCCUCACCUGCAACGGCCGCAAAGUCGUGCGGGAGAAGAAGAUCCUCAGCGUUCACCUGGAUAAAGGCAUGAAGGACGGGCAGAAGAUCACCUUCCACGAGGAAGGGGACCAGGUUCCCGGCUUGGAGCCCGGAGACAUCAUCAUCGUCCUGGAUCAGAAGGAACACCCUGUUUUCCGACGCAGCGGUGACGAUCUCAUCGUCAAGAGGGAGAUCAGCCUGGCAGACGCCCUGUGCGGCUGCCGACAGGUCAUCCGCACCCUGGACAACAGGACCCUGCUCAUCUCCUCCCAGCCAGGUGACGUUAUCCGACCUGGGGACCUGAAGUGUGUCCCCAAUGAGGGGAUGCCAGUCUACAGGAGCCCCUUCCAGAAGGGAAAACUCAUCCUGCAGUUCCAGGUGAAGUUCCCCGAGCCCGGCUGGCUCCCCACUGACCGCCUGCGCCAGCUCCAGGCCUUCUUCCCCCCCCAGGAGGAGGUGAUGGCCACCGAGGACACGGAGGAGGUAGAACUCAGCGACUACACGUCCCAGGGGGGGUCGGGCCGCCGUCCUUACACCGGCGAAGCCUACCACGAGGACGACUUCGAGGACGGCUCGCGCCAACACGUCCAGUGCCAGACCUCGUAGCCGGUGGCGGGGCAGGGCCGGGGGCCGCUCGGCGGGGAAGGGGGGGCUCGGAGAGCCGUCACGUUCAGGGAUGUACAUAGGUCGCCUUUCCGACAGCACUUCACCUCCCUCGCCCACCCCCCACCAAGCCCCAGGGAGCCGGGCAGGGGGCUGCCCCACUUUGGGGGCCCCCCCAGACCCUCCCGCCGAGCGACGAGGCCCCUCUUUGACCUGCCCUUGAGGGAGCCGGAUCCUCCCUCUGGCUCCAUCUCCAUGUCGGCGGAGGAGCCACUUGCUGCUGCCUUGGCUGUGGGCUCGGUAGCCAAAUGCAGCCGUUGGUAGCCCAGCGGGCGCAUCCCGCAGCGGGACAGCGCAGCCCUGGACUGAGGAGGAGGCGGGGCAGGGGGGGGUUGUCUCGCCGCCUGCCUCAGUUUCCCCAGCUGUGGUCCGGUGGGGCAAAGUCUCUGCAGAAGCCGAUGUGGGGAGGACGGGAACUGCCACCCUUCGCCCCCGCUGCUGCCCCACGGCGCCGUCCGGCCCCACGCCGUGGGGUGCCGCUGCCCGGGCCCCCCCCCCCGAGGUCCCUUGCUUUUCCCGUUUCUUUCCUUGCUGGAGCCUGGCUCAGGCCUGGGGAGCGGAGGGGGUUUCUCUUUUCUCUUUGCACAGAACAGAC